AUAAGAUAUAAGUCCACAGGAUGAUUAAAGAAGAAUUGUACAUAACCUAUAACUUUGGAAUACGUCUACGUCAAUUAAAAAAAACAAAUCUUAUUUAGUUCUAUAAUACAUAAUAAUAAAGUAAUGACAGAAACCAAAUAUGCGGAACUACAAAAGGAAUAUCAAGCUCAACUCAAAAAACUCGAAGAGGAAGAGGAGGUUCUCAUUCAAGACUUGAAUAAUAUGUUGAACCAAAAAACUUUCCUUGAAGAUAAAAUUAAAGGUAUUGCUAAAUUGAUACCAACUUUGAAAUUAAUUAAACAUGAAGCACAAGAUUUAGUUAACACUGUUAAUGAUAUAUCGGAGUCUUCAGAGAAAAUAAGUGGUAAAAUUAGAGCUUUAGAUAGCGCCAGAAGCCGUGUAGAUGAAUGCCAAGCUAGAGUAAGUGAUCUAAUAGAUCUUGAAAUAUGUUCUCAAGGAGUACAAGCAGCAAUUCUAGAUUCAGAUUAUGAAAAAGGUGCUGCACACGUACAUCGUUUUCUAUCUAUGGAUCAAUCAUUAUUAAAAAGAACAGCAAAUGAUAUGGAUAAUGUAACAGAUAUGUUGAAAUCUGUAAGAACUUUACAAGAUGCUGCUAGUCAAUUGAGAGCCAUUGUAACACAUAAAUUCACAGAAGCUGUUAACACAGAAGAUUUGAUAUCCAUUGAGAGGUUUUUUAAAAUAUUUCCGUUAUUAGGACUACAUGAAGAGGGUAUUAAAGAAUUUUGCAGUUACUUGAGAACAAAGAUAGCUUUAACAGCCGAGAAGAAUUUAAAGUCUGCCAUGAAUACACCACUUUCAGAUAAGCGACAUGGUGUAAUAUAUGCUGAUACCUUAACUCUACUUUAUGAGGGUUUAGCAAGAGUCAUAGACACCCAUCAACCUCUAAUUGAAACUUAUUAUGGUCCUGGCAGAUUACUCUCCGCAAUAUCCAUAUUACAAAGAGAAUGUGAUAUUCAAACUAAAAGAGUGUUACUUGAAUGGACAAAAACCAGAAAUAUUCAGAAAAAAGUCCAAUUGAUAAGUGAUUUGUCAAGAAUGAGUUCCACUUCAAGUUUUAAUAAAUUAGAAAAGAUAGAUCCUAAGGAUUUAGAUAUUCUGAUUGGAGAGAUCACACUAAUGCAUUUCAGGAUUGAGUUGUACAUUCGAUUUAUUCAAAGAAAAGUAACUACAGAUGCAGAAGUAGGAAUCCCAAAUCAAGAUGACAAAAACGAAGUUCUCCAAUCGCUAGAAAAACUUAUAAAAAAUAGUGAUUUGGAUCAAUGUAAACACGACCUUCUAAGUCAUUACUUAAGAUUAGAACAGUAUUACAUGGAAGAGUCUGUAGCUAAAGCAGUCAGUAUGGAUAUAAUAGAAGCUGGACAGCAAACUUCUAGUAUGGUAGACGAUACAUUUUUCAUCAUUAGGAAAUGUAUUAGGAGAUCAGUGUCUACAGGUUCUCUAGAUGGUAUAUGUGUCAUAAUUAACAAUGCCUGUAGAGUACUAGAAAGCGAUUUUGGAGAAAUACUGAAAAAUAGAUUAAGACAAGGCUAUCCUUCUGGUUAUUUGGAUCUUACUCAAGCUUACAAUGUUCUACAAACUUCUAUACAACAGGGCAGAUUACAAUCUGGUGAUACUGAACAAUCUAGAAUGGCAUUUUUAGUAGCUCUCAAUAAUGCAGAUAGUAGUACGGAAUAUGUAGAUGCCCUAUGUGAUAAUGUGUUGAAAGAAAUACAGCAGGCCUUACCAAAAAUGAACAGCAACGAAAGAGGUAAAUUGGAAAGUUGUUUAUCUGGACUUUCAUCUGUUACUACAAAUUUGAAAGAUAUAAUAGAUUAUGGCAUUCAACAAUUACGAUCAUCAGCAAUUAAACCCAGAAUCAAUCCUUGGGUUGAUCAAUUCUUGAAUGUGAACCAUCAUUUAACUGAAGAUGAAUUGUCAGCGUAUGAGGCAGGAGAAUCAUUUAUCCAAACACUAAUCAUGAAUUUGGAAACACUUUUAUCAUUUUUCAAAGACAUUUUGACGAAUUCUAAUUAUGAUUCUUUCACGCAAGUAUUAACAGCCGAAGUAACUCAGAGAUUUGAGAAAGUAAUUAUGAAAAGUACUUUUAAUAGACUGGGCGGCUUAGUACUGGAUAAAGAAGUAAGAUCACUAGCUGGGUACAUAACAGCAGCAACAUCUUGGUCAGUUAGAGAUAAAUUCGCUAGAUUAACUCAAAUAGCAACGGUUCUCAAUCUAGAACAAGUUCAUGAAAUAUAUGAUUAUUGGGGAAACCACGACAGUGCUUUAACUUGGAGGUUGACACCUUCAGAACUAAGAACUGUCAUGGCUUUGAGGUCCGAUUUUAAAUAUGAAGAUAUAAGAAGACUCAAAUUAUAAAUCGUUUAUUAUUUAAUUUAAUAUAUUGUAAGCUUCUUUUACCUCAGUCGCGUUAUUUGCUAUCCAGGCGAUCUGAUGGGGGCAUAGCUUCCAUUUGAAAGUACAGAUUCCCUGGUAAAAGCAGAAGAAUGAGCACACAGUAUAAAUGUUCACACUUCCGUUAUCAACUUUAUAAUAUGGAAAAUUGUAGCUAAUCCAAGUAUCCACUUUUGUUUUGAUUUCCCGGAACAACUGGAAACGUUAGUUCGAUCGCAGCACACUUGAUAAAUACUCGAACAUUAACAUUUAUCCCUCAAUCUGUAAUCUGUAUUUAUACUGUCAUAAUUUCUUUUUGUUUGUAAAAUUCGAAAAGUAAAACAUAUAUUUCUCGUCACCUGAACCUAAAAGAAUUUUGGACCUACGAGACCUCCCGCAUGGAUACCUGCACACACACCCCAAGCAGGUUUCACUUUUCAUCAAUAAGACGUGAGAAUUCUGGUCGUUAAAAGUAUACGCAGUUUGUCGAUUGACCAUACCGUUCAGUUGGAAGGUUGCUUCGUCCAACCACAAAAUAGAAUGCUAGAACUGCGGAUCAUCCUGACUGCAUCAGAGGUACCACGUCUUGCAAAAUUCCAAUCUGCGAUUGAAAUCGCCCUCGUGAAUUGCGUGGAGGAGAAGAGGAAGAUUAACUCGAUAGUGUCUGCGUUUUAGCAUUCAUCGUAAAGAACGAUCGAAUAUUUGAUGUUCUCCUGAUAGCCGCACUGCAGAUUGGUUCGGCUGCUUAACUAACGCCAGCACAACUGUUUCCUUAUUUUCGUUAAUUGUUAGCAAUACUGGCCAUCCAGAACGCGGCGCGUCGGCAACGGAGAUCAUUUUUAAGAACUUCUGGUAAGUUUUCCACACUGUUGAACAAUUUGGUAGCGGCAAGUUCGCAAAUUGUUGAAAUUCGGUAAACAUAGUUUUGUAAUCCGCGUUCGUACGCAUAUACGACGUAAUAUAAAAACUCUAUUCGACCAACACGUCUUAUCAAUGUUAUCGUGAAACAUACAAAACUGUCUAAACCACGAACAUGUUUCGUUUUAAUCUUUCGACAGCGUUGCUAGAUUUUUCAAUUUGUUAUGUAUCAAGUCAACAAAUGAAUAAAAGAAAAUCAUUUUAUAAAAAAUCAAAAAGAUUUAUUCUACAUAUUCAAAUAUAUACAUAGUUUACAAAAAUAUACAUGUUAUCACAAAA